GUCUCUCGGUGGAGGCGGCUUGUUGUUGUGCAGGCCAAGAUGGCGGCACAGGCGGCGGCUGCGGCGCAGGCGGCGGCCGCGGCGCAGGCGGCCGCCGCGCAGGCCGCGCAGGCCGAGGCAGCCGAGUCGUGGUAUCUGGCUCUCCUGGGUUUCGCCGAGCACUUCCGGACAUCCAGCCCGCCCAAGAUCCGCCUGUGCGUUCACUGCCUGCAGGCCGUGUUCCCCUUCAAGCCGCCUCAGCGGAUCGAGGCCCGCACGCACCUGCAGCUCGGCUCGGUGCUUUACCACCACACGAAGAACAGCGAGCAGGCGCGCAGCCACUUGGAGAAGGCGUGGUUGAUAUCACAGCAAAUCCCACAGUUUGAAGAUGUUAAAUUUGAGGCAGCGAGCCUGUUGUCAGAGUUGUAUUGUCAAGAGAACUCGGUGGAUGCAGCGAAGCCGCUGCUGCGGAAAGCCAUCCAGAUCUCACAGCAGACACCAUACUGGCACUGCCGCCUGCUCUUCCAGCUUGCUCAACUGCACACACUGGAGAAGGACCUGGUAUCCGCCUGUGACCUCCUAGGCGUGGGGGCUGAGUAUGCCCGAGUGGUGGGAUCUGAAUACACAAGGGCAUUAUUCCUGCUCAGCAAGGGGAUGCUGCUGCUGAUGGAACGCAAGCUGCAGGAGGUGCACCCACUGCUCACCCUGUGUGGGCAGAUUGUGGAGAACUGGCAGGGCAACCCCAUCCAGAAGGAGUCACUCCGUGUCUUCUUCCUGGUGCUGCAGGUGACCCACUACCUAGAUGCUGGGCAGGUGAAAAGCGUCAAGCCGUGCCUGAAGCAGCUGCAGCAGUGCAUCCAGACCAUCUCCACGCUGCACGACGACGAGAUCCUGCCCAGCAACCCCGCCGACCUCUUCCACUGGCUGCCCAAGGAGCACAUGUGCGUGCUCGUCUACCUGGUCACAGUGAUGCAUUCGAUGCAGGCUGGUUACCUGGAGAAGGCACAGAAGUACACAGACAAGGCGCUCAUGCAGCUGGAGAAGCUGAAGAUGCUGGACUGCAGCCCCAUCCUGUCAUCCUUCCAAGUGAUCCUGCUGGAGCACAUCAUCAUGUGUCGGCUUGUCACGGGCCACAAGGCCACCGCACUGCAGGAGAUCUCCCAGGUCUGCCAGCUGUGCCAGCAGUCCCCUAGGCUGUUCUCCAACCAUGCUGCCCAGCUGCACACACUGCUGGGCCUGUAUUGUGUCUCCGUGAACUGCAUGGACAAUGCUGAAGCCCAGUUUACCACAGCCCUUCGGCUCACCAACCACCAGGAAUUGUGGGCCUUCAUCAUGACCAACCUUGCGAGUGUGUAUAUACGGGAAGGAAAUAGACACCAAGAGGUACUGUACAGUUUGCUUGAGAGGAUAAACCCAGACCACAGCUUCCCAGUCAGCUCCCAAUGUCUCCGAGCAGCAGCCUUCUACGUGCGAGGGCUCUUCUCCUUCUUCCAGGGCCGCUACAACGAAGCCAAGCGAUUUCUUCGAGAAACUCUAAAGAUGUCGAAUGCAGAGGACCUGAACCGCCUCACAGCCUGCUCCCUCGUGCUGCUGGGUCACAUCUUCUAUGUGCUGGGAAAUCACAGGGAGAGUAACAACAUGGUGGUUCCUGCCAUGCAGCUGGCCAGCAAGAUCCCAGACAUGUCUGUGCAGCUGUGGUCAUCUGCCCUUCUGAGAGACCUAAACAAGGCAUGUGGGAACGCCAUGGACGCCCAUGAGGCUGCACAGAUGCACCAGAACUUCUCCCAGCAGCUGCUGCAGGACCACAUCGAGGCCUGCAGCCUCCCAGAGCACAACCUUAUUACGUGGACAGAUGGCCCACCCCCUGUGCAGUUCCAAGCUCAGAAUGGACCCAACACCAGCCUGGCCAGCCUUCUGUGAGGCCGUGACCCCAACGUGGACCCAACACUGGAGCUCUCUGGGAACAAAGCCACCAGGGUGCCCACCAGUCCCUCAUCAUUGUCCAGAGCUAAGGCCCAAG